AAAUGACAUUAAAUUUAUAAAUGAAAAUUUUCUAUAUGGGUCAAAUGGGGUCCGGAAAAGUUCACUUGAUUAAUUCACCUGUUACGUGACCACGGAGUAAGAGAUACGCAGUAGAUUAGUAUCCCAUUGGUGAUGAAGAGCCUUCUGAAAUUAGUCAAUAUGCGCGACAAGCAUACAGAAAUUUCCACAUGACAGUGAUUACUGUUACUUAAAUUAUGGAUUCUCAAUAUAAGACCAUUCAUCCUGUGAAAUAUUUGCAAGAUCAUUUGGCACAAGAUGUUCGACCAGAUGGUAGACAAUUUUUAAGUUUUCGUUCAGUUAGUGUUAACAUAUCAUCAAUUACACAUGCUGACAGUUCAGCUAUAUUUAAAAUUGGUAGUACAACAGUUGUAUGUGGUAUUAAAGCAGAAUUAACUACACCUAGAACAGAAUCUCCUGAGUAUGGAUAUAUUGUACCAAAUGUGGAACUUUCACCAUUAUGUUCUCCAAAAUUUCGUCCAGGGCCACCAAGUGAUCAGGCUCAAAUUAUAUCAAAUUUAAUAAAUAAUAUUUUAAUAAAUUCUGCAGCUAUUGAUCUGAAAGACCUUUGUAUUUGCAAAGGUAAAUUAGCGUGGGUUUUAUACUGUGAUCUUUUAUGCAUUAAUUAUGAUGGUUCAGUAAUUGAUGCUUGUGUUGGAGCUUUGACUGCUGCACUUAAUACAUUAACUUUACCAGAAGUAGUUUACAAUAUUCAAACUGGAAGUAUUUCUGUACAUUCGACAAAGAAAAUAAGUCUUUCAAUUAAAGAAUUACCGGUUUCCAUAACUUUUGCAAUAUUUAAUGAUCAGUUAUUAGUUGCUGAUCCUACAGAUGAAGAAGAAAAUUUAUGCUUGGGAAGGUUAACAAUUGUACUGAAUAAAGAAAAAAUCUGUUGUAUACAUAAACCUGGAGGAAUUCCAAUUUCAUAUGAUUUGUUUUUAAAAAGUUUAACAAAGUCAAAAAAAAGAGCAGAGCUGGUAAGAUCACUAAUUAAUACUGCUAUAGUAUCAACAAAAGAAGGAUUAAAAGAAUGAAAAAUUGUACGAAAUUAUAACAUACAACAAUAAUAAAGUAUUAUUUCAUUAUUUUA